ACAAUUUUGCAGUUGGGUGGCGUGUGUGCUUUAAUUUGUGUUUCGUUGGGCCUCUCUCCGAAAAACUAGAAGAAUUUCUGUCUUUUCUCUAUACAUAGAAACACUUUCAAUUCCUAAUACGAAGUCUAUUAGUAUUUCGUAACUUUUUUGAUUAUCUAUCUAUACUAUGGCGUCUCGAAGGCGUAUGCUUCUUAAAGUCAUAAUCCUCGGAGACAGCGGGGUUGGGAAGACAUCUCUGAUGAAUCAGUAUGUGAAUCGUAAGUUCAGUAACCAGUACAAGGCGACAAUUGGAGCUGAUUUCUUGACAAAAGAAGUUCAGUUUGAAGAUAGGUUGUUCACAUUGCAGAUAUGGGAUACAGCUGGGCAAGAAAGAUUUCAAAGCCUUGGGGUGGCUUUUUACCGUGGGGCAGACUGUUGUGUCCUUGUGUAUGAUGUGAAUGUCAUGAAAUCAUUUGAUAAUCUAAACAACUGGCGGGAAGAGUUCCUCAUCCAGGCCAGCCCCUCUGACCCCGAAAACUUCCCAUUUGUUGUAUUGGGAAACAAGGUUGAUAUUGAUGGUGGCAACAGUCGGGUGGUCUCUGAGAAGAAAGCUAGGGCAUGGUGUGCUUCCAAGGGAAACAUACCUUAUUUUGAGACUUCUGCAAAAGAAGGAUUUAAUGUGGAAGCAGCUUUCCAGUGUAUAGCCAAAAAUGCUCUCAAGAACGAACCAGACGAAGAAAUGUUAGUUUGGGAUCGGCUUGGAUAGAAGCUAUUUAAAGUUUGUGCAUUCAUCCGAUGAACCGAGCUCGAGAUCGAGCUCGGUAUCAAACUUGUUUAACAAACAAGUUGAGUCCGGGCAGAGCAACGGCUUGCUCGGCUCAUGAACAUAGAUAUAAUAUGUCAUAUAUAAAUAGUUACAUACAUGAAUGGACAAACCAAGCUUGAUAUCGAAUACAAGUCUACACUCGAGUAUAAUCUCGGACACAAGCUUAAACUCGGUUCAUUCAAACUAAGCCGAGUCGAGUUGUGCCCAAGCUUGGACAAAAACAAUUACUACUUGAGAUUGAACAAGAUAUUUGAAAUUCAUCACGAGGCGAGUCAAGCCCAAAAACUCUUCCGAGUUUAAGCCGUUUGAUGCUUGGCUCAUCUCAGUUCGGUUCAUUUGUUUGAGUUUGAAUGCUAUUCUACUUCUACCUCCAUUUUUUACCCCUGGCUUUGAACUGAUUUCUUUUCGGAGUUCUAUUUAAUUAGUGGAGCUUUUAUAGGCCUGAUUUAUAUUUAAGUUAUAUAAUGUCAUUACCCAAUUUGCUCUUCAUUAAUUGAAGGAACUAGGAGGGACAGACUAGGUGCAAACAUAACCUAUUACAUUUUAUGCAUAAAGUGGAUGCCAUCAGAUUCGAACCCACACCUGUUUGUUAGCUCG